UCAACAAUCAUUAAUAAUAAUGUCUCAAAAAGUAUUUUAUAUUACAGGUUCAUCAUCCGGUUUCGGUAGAUUCCUCACCAAUGAGCUUGCAAAACGUGGCCAUAAGGUUAUUGCAACAGCUAGAACUAUUAGUAAGAUAAACGAUCUGUCUAAUGGGGACAAUAUUAAAGUGCAACAAUUGGAUGUAACUGAUUCCCCAGACAUUAUCGAGAAGAAAGUAAAGGAAGCAAUAAACUUCUUUGGUAGAGUCGAUGUAUUAGUAAACAAUGCUGGUUAUUCCCAAGCUGGAUGUUUCGAGGAACUCACAGAUGAGGAAAUCAGAAAGCAGUUCGACACCAACGUAUUCGGUCCUGUUAAAUUAACAAAGGCAUUUUUGCCAUAUUUUAGAAGCACACAGACCGAAAGCGUAAUCUGUGCUAUCAGUUCGGCAGUCGGUAUCACUGCUUUACCUUUGAUAAGCGCAUAUUCAUCAAGUAAAUUCGCGUUAGAAGGCUUUUUUGAAGGCCUUGAUGGCGAAAUUAGAGGAUCUGAUUUACCAAUAAGAGUAUCAAUAAUCGAACCAGGUAUGUUCAAGACAGAUUUCAUCAGUAAUGUCCAAAAAGCACAAACUCAAAUUGGACAAUACGAUUCACUUAGGCAACAAUCAAUGACUAGGAUGGUUGAAACUCUUUCUAAAGCUGGUGACGCAGCUAUUGGUGCAAAACUCAUAGCUGAUGCUCUCCUCAAAGAAGGUUUUGCAGCUAACAAGGACAUUCCCCUCAGGUUGCCAAUUGGUACUGAUAGUGUAGAAACUUCAGUCUCAAAAUUCAAGCAAACUUCAGAUAUUUUCAGUGAAUGGAGGCCAUUCGCAGCUGAAUCAGAUCCAAAGGCAUAAGUAGUCUAAAUCUAUUUGUUACAUUACUACAAUAAAGCAUCCCGC